GUUAUCACUUAUUUGAGGCAUUAGCAAAGCAAAGUUUCUUUUUCAUUCCUGAAUCAUAAAGUGGGUCUCUAAUCUAGAAUAUCUAAUAGGAGUUUAAUGAAGGGAAACCCCAAUCCUAAUCCCAAACAGUUAGAAUUGUUGAUCAGGUUGAUUGACUGCUAAACUUUUUAUAUGUUCCUUCAUCUGAAGUCUGUCAAAAUUGCUUACUUCUGUUAUAAUUCCUAGACCUUUUUGUGAUCUUGGUUUGCUUGCCAUGACAUUCAGUGGAUGGUGAAAAUGGGCUGCACAACAUUUGCCUGUAAGACGCGACCUGGACAAAACCAUCUCAAGCUGAUUUAUUGGAAGAUUCCUUUCUUAAGGCUUGUUUCAUGGCAUGUCCCAGAUUCGAGAAUCCAGCAGCGCUGUGGUGAAGGUCUUAUUGAGCGUAACUCCUCCUACUAGACAUGCCCGCUAAUUAAGGAACUUCCAACUGCACCAUUUUCUCUCCAAACAGCGCAAAGUGUCCAAUGAGUAAGAGAGGAGAGACAUCAGAGCCUACAUCUACAUCCGGCAAUUUUAUUUCUUUUACUUUCUUUUUUUUACGUACAACUUUGUGUAGAUGACGUCACUGCAAGAGGAGUGCGCAUCGUGCUGAAUUCAUCCUGACUUUGAAUUCACUUUGAGAGGCUUUACGUUUAAGAGCAAGAACAUGACACCAACAGACUUCCUGCUCGAAUGUCGACUGAAGAACUGAGACAUCUUUCGCAUUUCGAAAUGAACCCCACUGUAGAUAUCAUGCCGUCCGCCAAGGUGAACAUGAACAAGGUGAUUCGCGAGGGCUGCGAGCCAAACCCGUUGGAACGACUUCCGCCUCCCGCGAGCUCUAACAAACCCCUCACGCCUUUCAGCAUCGCAGACAUUCUCGGGAACCCGAGUGGAGGCACGCGCGCUCACCUGAGUUCACCUGUGCGCGCGAAGCACCGCAUCACGUCUCCCGUGAAUCAGACGUCACCGCUGUGCGCCCUGCAGGAGCUGACUAGUAAAACCUUCAGAGGUCUGGAGCUGGGUGUGCUCCAAGCAGCAGAGGGUAGAGAUGGACUCAGUGCCUUUGGCCAACGGAGCAACCCGAAAAAGCGCAGAAAGUCCAGGACUGCAUUCACACACCACCAGAUCUACGAGCUGGAGAAACGUUUUUUGCGUCAGAAGUAUUUAUCUCCCGUGGACCGGGACCAGGUCGCGCAGCAGUUAGCGUUAACCAACGCGCAGGUCAUCACAUGGUUCCAGAACCGCCGCGCCAAACUAAAGCGGGACAUGGAGGAGCUGAAAGCGGACGUGGAGUCGGCCAGAGCAGUCGGGGCCGUGCCUUUAGAGGAAACAGCCGCACUGGGUGAACUGGAAGGAAGUGCGACAGAAAGCAGUGGACACAUGGGGACACGGUGGUCCUCUCAGCUCAGACACGAGCUGCAGAGCACGCACAAAUUGCACAUGUUGUGCACCACGUCGGCUUCCUUUUCAGACCACAUAAGUCACACUGACUCUGAAGACGAGGACGUGGAAAUAGACGUGGAUGACUGAUUGCUCACCCGGGUGGGGAGAGAGUUAAAUGACUCCGUUUUUUAUUAAUAUUCCUGCUCUGUUUAUUAAAAUCAUGGAUUAAGAUGCUCUCACGUUUCGUCAUGCUGCUGUCAUUGCAUUUUUCAAACGCCUUUAUCCAGCUUGACUUACAUUUAUCUUAUUUAUACAACUGAGCAGUUGAGGGUUAAGGGACUUGCUCAAGGGCCCAGCACUGGUAGUUUAGGAGUGCUGGGAUUUGAACUCAUGACCUUCUGAGCAGGCAUCCAACAUCUCUAACCACUGAGCCACCACUGCCACCCAUGUCACUUUGUGCUCAAGUUUCGGUCUGGGGUUUGAUUUACAGCCUUUAUGGGCUUCAUAAACUCAUCUACGAGUAUUUAUAACAGAUGAGUUUAUCCAGUUUGUACAAUGAGAGUUGUAGAAUAUUGUUGAAUGAAAACCUAUUACCUCUACAAGUGCCUCAAUUCUAGGCAUUUAUUUUAUUUUAUAGACCAAUUCUGUUUAAAUGUGUUUGAGAAUAAAGCUAAUUGUUUAC